AUGAUCCGGCUACCCGCCGCCGUCCGCAUUGCCAUCUUCCUUGCCAUCAGCGUCAGCAUUGUCCUGUACUCCCACGUCGCCGAUUCCGAGGCCAUCCGCAGCAUAUGCGCUGACACCGAGUGGAAUCCAGCCCUAGUAUUCACGUGCUCCGAGAGUGUUGGCGGCAUUGGCAACAUCCGCAAUUCCAUUUUGAAUUGCGUGCGCUUUGCCAUUUCCGCCGGUGCCGCUCUCGUUGAGCCUGCCAUCGUCCUGCGCAAUGAUGCUGACAGUGCCGAGAUCCGCACGAGUGUCAAGACAGACAUGGGCUACAUGCUCGACCCUGCGCACUUCCGCGAGUCGCUGCGCAUCUCUUGCCCUGGGAAGAAGGUAUAUGACUGGAUAGAGGAGCUGAAGGGCAAGCUAUUCCAUGACCAAAUUGCACUGCUCCCAGAGUCGCUGGAGGAAAAGGUCCCGUCAACGGGACUGGCCGCCCAGAGAAGUGGCGGGAAUCUUUUGAAGCCUGGCUCGGCCAGCACGUCGAGUCUACACCAGAGGGAACCCAACGGCGCAAACUUUGCCCUUGCCUUUGGCAAACUCCUCAAAUUCCGCGCGGACACCCGCAUCCUCGCCACUAAAACUCUCCUCGCUCUCGCGGCCAAUGCGUCCUACUCUCCCAAUCUCUCCCAACCAAUUCUCCCCGACUUCUUCUUCGGCGCGCACCUCCGCACCGAGCAUGAUGCCCAGCUCGGCUGGCCCGCAGAAGACUGGGUCUACAGCCGCUACGAGACGCAGGCCAAGUUCUAUUUAAAGGGGACCCUCGCAUCGGGGCUGAAGCGCGAGGAAGUCGCAAAGUUCGCGCAAGAGGCGGCCGAGAAGAACAUUACCGUUUCGACGAAGAUUGGUGUCCUCGGAGCUGAGGAUGUGGCGCAACUAGAGGCGCUGUCGUGGGAUCAACAAGGGAUGGUAGAUUUCUUGGUUAUGCUGGGCGCAUCUCGGUUUGCGGGCGUGGGACACUCGAGUUUUGCAUGGAAUGUGGCGCUGGUCAGACAUCUGUUUGCGCAGCAGAAGGAUCAUUUGAAGGGGCCGCAUCUGUUAAAUGAUGAGCUAAGUGAGGUUUACGGGUAUCCGAAGCAGUAUCCAGAGUAUGCGAGUUGCUUGUGGCCGUGA